AUGGUUGUUGGUGCCAGUGCCUUGAUGAGUGCGGAGGCCUUUGUGGCCACCCCCACCCCUGCCACGCCGCCACGGCAAAUGAGCCACCAAGCUGCUUCUACGACGGCGCCAAGUGCCACAUCGGCCUGGUCAGCCGGCUCAUGCGGGGCAGUGGCAGUGGCUGCUGCCGUUGGCAUUCAUGCGCGUGGGCGCAAAUCCAAGGUCGCUCGUGGAGAGGCGCUUUACGAGCGGCAGAGGAAUGCCUACGCCGAUCUUGCCUACCUCAAUGAUGUCGGCUACUUGCCGGAUGGCACACCCAUGCACAAGGCGGGCAACGCCAUCAACCAUCCGGAGAGGGUGGGUGCAGACCCACAUGUGGAUGGUUCUGAGCUUCCUCGGGGUCACUUCCUGAACUCGGUUGGCUACCUGCCGGACGGCACACCCCUGAAUGCUGCAGGCAAUGCCAUCAACCACCCGGAGAGGAUGCAACCAGACCAGCACAAGAAUGGUUCACCGCUCCCUGCCUCCACCUACGCCGCGGACGUGGGGUACUUGGUGGACGGCACACCCCUGAAUGCAGCGGGCAACAACUCCUUGAAGGGUGGGGCGGCAACACAGGUAGCGCCAGUGCCGGCGGCAAGCAUGCCUUCAACGACAAGCUCACCUGCUACUAUGACAGCCGCUCAAGGCAAGCAUGGAGCCCAUGGAAUUCAAUAUCCCUACAGCAACCAGAAGGACGUGUAUGCCGACUUGGAGUACACCAAUGACGUGGGCUACUUGCCGGACGGAACUCCAAUGAACAGGGCAGGCAAUGCCAUCAACCACCCUGAGAGCAUCCAGCCAGAUCUGCACAAUCCGGGAGCUCCGUUGCCAAGAGCGCUGUUUGCGAACUCGGUUGGCUACCUGCCGGACGGAACGCCCCUGAACGCUGCAGGUAAUGCCAUCAACCACCCGCAGAGGAUGCAGCCAGACCUUCACAACCCGGGUUCUCCGCUGCCCACUUCGGUCUACGCAGCGGAUGUGGGGUACUUGGUGGACGGCACACCCCUCAAUUCAGCGGGCAACAACUCCUUGAAGGGUGGGGCGGCAACACAGGCAGCGCCAGUGCCGGCGGCAAGCUUGCCUUCAACGACAAGCUCACCUGCUACUAUGACAGCCGCUCAAGGCAAGCAUGGAGCCCAUGGAAUUCAAUAUCCCUACAGCAACCAGAAGGACGUGUAUGCCGACUUGGAGUACACCAAUGACGUGGGCUACUUGCCGGACGGAACUCCCAUGAACAGGGCAGGCAAUGCCAUCAACCACCCUGAGAGCAUCCAGCCAGAUCUGCACAAUCCGGGAGCUCCGUUGCCAAGAGCGCUGUUUGCGAACUCGGUCGGCUACCUUCCGGACGGAACGCCCCUGAACGCUGCAGGCAAUGCCAUCAACCACCCGGAGAGGAUGCAGCCAGACCUUCACAACCCGGGUUCUCCGCUGCCCACUUCGGUCUACGCAGCGGAUGUGGGGUACUUGGUGGACGGCACACCCCUGAAGGCAGCGGGCAACAACUCCUUGAAGGGUGGGGCGGCAACACAGGCAGCACCCCCGGCAAGCUCUUCGAUUUCCUCGGCCACUGCUUCAGCACCACAGGCCUUGGCUGCUGCGGCGUUUGUGGGAUUUGCUUCGCAAGUCAGGCGCAGCGGGGGCUUUGAGUAUUCGCUCCAGAAGGAUUCCUUUGCUGACCUGCACUACGUGAACGACGUGGGAUACCUGCCUGAUGGCACGCCUUUGAACAAAGCUGGCAACGCUCUGAACCAUCCUGAGAACGUUCAGCCUGACCGUCACACACCGGGUUCGCCCUUGCCGCGCGCCAACUUUGCCAACGAGGUGGGCUACUUGCCAGAUGGCACUCCCAUGAACCGAGCCGGGAAUGCCAUCAAUCACCCCGAGAACAUUCAGCCAGACCAGCACACACCGGGCUCCCCUUUGCCUGCGUCUGCAUACGCGGCUGACGUUGGCUACUUGGUAGAUGGCACGCCCAUGAAGGAGGCUGGCAACAACUCCAUCUCUCGCUGAUGUAAAUAGUUGGUGAAAUAGUUUCAGCUGUGCAACUGGGCAAUGCCCAAAGUUUCGAUUGCAUUGGCUGGCCGUUUCAGAUGUAGCUCCCUUUCUAACGCAUUGGGCAGUCCCCUUUGCGAGGCGGAAGGGGGCUUCGAGUGUCAAUGAAUCAAUUAUCAUUUUUCCGCUGCUUCAAAGCGGCAAAUAGUUCUAAUUAAUAUACACGAGGCUCGCUUGGACAGAAUGCGCAAAGUAGAACGGUCUUUGGUGAGGUCCAUCACAAGGGCAGAUGCAAGGAUCUUCAGAGCGAGCCCGGAUUCCCUGGUAGAAAGUCAUGGCCCCGCAACAAGUGUGGGCUCGGCCAAUCUGGCUGUAGUGCAGUGCAAGCACGCCUGGCUUCCUACAAAUCAAGCAAUGGCUGCUCUGAAAGCGCAAGGCGAGCCGCAAGA